UCGCCUUUCUUGAUUGCUCAUUCCUUAUCUCGAUUGCUUAGUCCUGUCAUUGACAGAUAGUAGAAUUAAGCAUUUUGAGUUACCAAAUUUAAGCAUAUAUACCUGUUGAACUGUUUACUGCACUUGCAUUCAAAUUUCUCAGUGUCUGCAAUUGAAUGUGGUUUGUGAAACAUCUGAUACCCGUCUUUCGAGUAUUAUUUUCGCCUUCUCGCGCAAUGAUGUUGAAUCCUGUUCUAGUGUGGGGAAGUUAUUUUCUCGUAGAAAGCAGUACCAAUUCAAGUCCCCUUUGGACUGUACUAGUUUUUUUUUGUGUGUGUGUUCUUGUUGCCAAUGUUACGCAAAUUUGAUUAGAGAUACUCAAGUGGAAUACACAAGAACAAGUAUAAGCACGCUGAUAGUGAAUGUGUGCUGACCAGUAUUUUUGGGAUGAAGGGAUCCGGUUUAAAUCCAUUAGACAUUGACGCAGAGACAAGUAUUUUAGAAGGAUUGCUUGAUAAAUUUGGCGCUGCCUUUUCUCUUGAGCAAAUAGCAAAUGCUUAUUGCAAGGCUGGACGUGAUGCAAAUUUGACUGGUGCAAUGCUAUAUGAGUUGUCGAAUAGCACAUGUAUGCAACCACCAAAUAAAUUACCAAAGAGUGAAGAAUCUUCAGAUGUAUCUCAUAGUGAUGUUUCUGAGGAGUCAACUCAUGGAGUCUUAGAAUCGUCAAAAUCAGUAAAUAAUCAUGUUUCUGGGGUACUUGAUAAAAGUUAUGAUCUUGGAACGAACAACGCUACAGAGGAAUUUAUAUUUAAGAUGCUUGGAGAGGGCUUUCAGCUAGACAGAGACAUGAUAAGAAAUAUUCUUGGUUGUUGUGGGUAUGAUCUGCACAAGAGCGUGGAGAAGUUACUUGAUUUGUCAGCGGUUACUUCAGAGAAGAGCGAUGAUUUUUGCGAUAGAUCCAGGCAAAGGUCUGCAUAUACAAGUCCCAAACUGGAAUCUACUUCAUGUGCUGGAGGCAACUUGAAAUUGGAUUUGAAGGCAAAUGGAUCCAAAGUACCAAGAAAACAGAAAGGACGCAUUGAUAUCCAACAAGAAGUUUUAUCUGCUCUCUUUCAUGCUCCUGGGAGUUCUGAGGAGUUUCAUGCAAGGACAUUCAGAGUUAAUGCGGUAAAGAAAUCAAAAGCCUCUGGACAGGCAAUGGUUGAGGCCUCAACAAACACUACUGUAGAAUGCAAGAUUGACAAAAUAAACCCACCUAAUGCUAUCGAGGAGGAUGAUGAAGGGGAUAGCUACGUGGUGCUCCGUAAAGCUGUUAGGGAGAAUCGAGCUACAAUGAAGGAAUAUUAUAAAUCUGCUGUUGAUGCAUUUGCUAAGGGAGAUCUAUCUCUGGCUGGCAGACUUUUGGAAGAGGGUCAGUUUUAUCACACAAAAGCUCGCGAAGCAGAUGAAGAAUCUGCUGGGAUAAUUUUUGAACCUAGAAAUGAGGAGACUGAAGAUACAGUGACUCUUGAUUUGCAUGAGAAUGGUUCCAAGGAGGCAAUACGUCUCUUAAAGUGUCAUUUGUCUUCUCUUUCUGGCAUUCCAUCAAUGAAGUAUCUUAAGGUUAUCGUGGAGACAAAUGAUGAAGAUACGUCAAAAGGGUCCCGCAGGCGACUGAUUAUAAAGCUGUUGGAGAAGGAGUCCAUCGUGUGGAUCGAAGGAGAGAACCCUGGAACUAUGUUGAUCCUACUGGAAGAAAUAAAUCCGAAACGUUUGAGUUUUGCCAGAAAAUGAUGCAAAGCUGAGUAUUUCUGACCAACAUGGUAUUUCCAUCUGUAUUAAGUGCUCCAUAUAUUCAACAGAAUUUGGGAGAAAACGAUUAAUCUAAAUUCUUGCGUAUUUGAUUAGUCUUGAGAUAAAGAAAAUCCCUCGAAAUUUGAUAAUGGCUAACGUAAUUUCAGCCCUUUCGUAUC